AUCAAUUAUAUAAAAAAUAAGCAUAAACAUAAAAAAUAUAAAAAUGGAAGAAAAAAGAAGUAAAAAUGCAGGUGAAGACGAGGAGUCUGAAGAAUCAGAAAAUAUUAUUAUUAAUGAAGUAGAUGGGUUGCCAAAUCUUCAUCCAAAUUUUGAACAAUUGAAUUUAAAUUGUUUGAAGGACCAUAGUCAUGAAAAUACAACAUCUAGAAGCCUAGAAGAUUUAAUUCAUGACGAAGAUUUACCAAUGUCUGUGAUUGUUACAAAUAUAGAUCCUCGUAUUUUUAAAUCAGACGAUCUCAAAGUAGAAAUUGAAAGACUAUUCAAGCAAUUUGGCGAAGAUGCUACUUUUCAAUACUUUAGAUCUUUUAGAAGAAUGAGGGUUAACUAUAACUCUUCAAGUGCAGCUGCUCAAGCAAGAAUAAAGUUACAUCAAACUCAUUUUGGAAAUACUGAUAUUAAUUGCUACUUUGCACAACCUGUAACGCCUAUUGAUAUUGAAGAUAGACACUUACAUCCUCCUGCACCUCACAAGCAGUUCCUAAUUUCUCCACCAGCAUCUCCACCUAUAGGUUGGGAACCUCGUGAAGAAAAUGAACCUCUAGUUAAUCAUGAUUUACUUGCUGCUAUUGCUAAUUUAACUCCAGGAGAAAGUCAUGAGCUUCAUCCAGGAAGCUCAAAUCAUCCAGGUAUUGUUGUUCACAUAUGUGAAAAUGCAGCAAAUGCCAUUAAAUGUGCUGGUCCCUUACCACAUACUCGAUGUCCUGAUGAACUUUAAAUCAAUCAACACGCACACUAAGCAAAGAAUGUAAGACGUUUCAAUGAAGGAAAUCUUUAUUAAUAUAUUCUAAUCUUUAGUAUUUUACUGAUUAAAAAUGAGAUUUUACUAU